AUGGCUAUCCCAGUUGUUGAUUUCUCCAAGGUUGGCAAUGGUGCUAGCUCUGAGGAAAGGGCUGCAACCAUGGCUCUCAUUGCCAAGUACUGCGAGGAGUGGGGCUUCUUUCAGCUGGCCAACCAUGGAAUCUCGGAGGAGCUCCUUGAAAGGGUGAAGAAGGUUUGCACAGAGUUCUUCAAGCUGGAAAGGGAGCAAAAUUUCAAGCAAUCACCAUUGUUCAAAUCCUUGAGUGAUUUGCCUGAUGGCCAAAUGCUGGAGAAUGUUGACUGGGAAGAUGUCAUCACACUUCUUGACCACAAUGAAUGGCCUUCACAUACCCCUGGAUUCAAGGAGACAAUGACAGAGUACAGGGCAGAGCUGAGGAAACUUGCAGAUCAAGUAAUGGAAGUGAUGGACGAGAACUUAGGGCUACCAAAAGGGUACAUCAAGAAUGCAUUCAACAGUGGUAAUGGAGAAGAAGAAGAAGCAUUCUUUGGUACAAAAGUGAGCCACUACCCACCCUGCCCCAAGCCAGAGCAGGUGACCGGGCUGAGGGCCCACACCGAUGCAGGCGGGGUUGUGAUGCUGUUCCAGGACGACGUCGUUGGAGGGCUCGAGGUGCUGAAGGACGGGGAGUGGUUCGAUGUGCAGCCAAUGAAGAACAGCAUUGUGAUCAACACCGGGGAUCAGAUUGAGGUGCUGAGCAAUGGCAGGUACAAGAGCGCCUGGCAUCGUGUUCAGGCGAAGCCCGAUGGCAACAGGAGGUCGAUCGCCUCGUUCUACAAUCCGUCGAUGAAAGCCACCAUUGCUCCAGCUCCACAGCUUGUUGGGGAGGAGGAGGGAGUUGAGGGUUUUGGGUACCCUAAGUUUGUGUUUGGGGAUUAUAUGUCUGUUUAUGCAGAGCAGAAGUUUGAACCCAAGGAGCCAAGGUUUCAGGCUGUGAGGGCCAUGUGA